GUAUCUUAAAUAAUACAGUAAAUCUAAGCAGUGUCAAAUCGGAAGUUUCAUCAGAUGAUUCAGUCGAUAUUAUUGAUGAAGUCUAUUCAGAUGCACCUGCAAUUGACGUUGCCAGAACAGAAAGUUAUAAAUUUGAUUGUGAUAAUUCGGAAAACUCCAAUAUGCAUACGUUAUACAUCAUUGAUAAUCACGAUGUGCCUUGUCGAGAAAACGAAGACAGCGAAAUUCUUCGACCGAGAUUAAGAGAAGUCUCACGGCGACCAGUCAGAAGGAAUGAAAGAGAAGAAGAAAGUGACGAAGAAGAAGAAAAGGGCGAGAUAAUGUUGGGUUACUGUGAGAAAUGUAAACGUCGCUACAAAAGUCCGAUGUGCCAGCCCGUUACUAUUUGUGUCGAAUGUGUCAAACCCUUGAAAUUCAAGUGUGGCUGGUGUAAAAAAUUAUUCCGUACUAUCGGGAUUGUCAAGUGUCAUCGAGAAAUGUACUGUUUUCAGAGACCUAUAAAAUUGACGGAAGAGACUAGUCAAAGAUAAUGAGCUUAUAAAUUGCAGGAUAUUUUCAUAUCUAAAGUGGCGAGAGAGUCUGACGAAAAAAAUUCAAUUUUGACCGUAUAAUUAUAUAUUAUACAUCUACGUUUCAUCUAUACAGCAUAACGUUUUUGAUUAUAGCUUGCAUGUAUUUUUCUAUAUAACCGAAACAUAAUGUAAAGAACAAUGUGUUAUAAAAUAAAUUGCUUACAAAAGUAUUAAUAUUAUGUCUGAUAAGAAAUAUUGAAAAACGUAAGAAGUCGAUGACAGUUAAUUGAAGACUUCUUCAAUUAAACACGAAUUAAUCUUCAAAAAAUUAAGCGUUGUAGGAAAACUAUUUGUUUCGAAGUAUUAUUAGGUGCGACAAACAGGAUAUAAAAUUAUAUUGCAUGUUACAUCAAAAUAAUUCAUCAAAUAUACAUAAGACACAAUUUACGCUCAUUAAUUUUAAUUUAUAUCGUAUGAGAUUAUGACUGAAUAUCAUCAAUAUUUUCAUGAUUUACUCAUACUUCGCCUAGCAGAGCAUUUAUUUAGUUCUUUUAAUAUAUGCGAUUUCAUAAUUUACGUGGCUUUGCCUCUAUAAAAACUAAUUUAUUAAUGCUGAUCGAUGAUUUAUUUUUUUUACUUACUGUUGCAGGCUCCAAAAGUCCUCAAAAUUCAUUUUCACACUUUGAUCUAGACUUAGAUUUCUCUGAAGAAGUUAUCUGCACUGCUUCCGACGCACUUGUAAUGGAUCACAAUUACAGUGAAAAAUUAUGCGAUAGUGGCGAUUUACUAGCAGAACAUUUUGAUUUGAAUAAUCUUCAAUUUGAAAUUGGCAAAAUGGACAACAUAGUAGAAAUACCAUACGUCACCGAAGUGCCAGAGAUUCUCCUUGAAAAUCAAGAACCGCAAAUAUCUGGAAUCCAAGAAGAUCUGGAGGAGUUGAAUUCAAAGAAUCUGAACAGUUCUUCGGGUAAAUAUCCGAUUGAAGUUGAAGUAGAAAUGAAACUUGAGAAAGGAUACGAUGGAAGGCAUCUAAAGCCUAUAAAACCUCGCCUCGUUCAUCAGAAACCAGAGUCACACUCAACUGGACUACCAGAGCUAUUUCAACUGUACUGCGCUAAGUGUGAGAAGAUAGUCGAGCGCGAUCUUUUCGACGUUCGUCACUAUUGCGAUGUUUGCGAGAGGCCCUAUCACUACCUCUGCAAGAGCUGCAAAAAGUACUUCAUGGGCUUCUUGGUAGCAAAUCGUCACGUUCGCUGCGAGACCGACGCCUAUAACGCGGAUGAGUGUAGCAGAUGCGAUCUGAUCAAGAACAAAACUGAGAUCGUAAGGAAAAUAUUCAAUUAUAAGCACACGACUAUUCGACUGGAUAACUACUUCAAGUGUGGCAAGUGUGGUACGAUAAGGGGCAAGGAGAUUGUCUGCGUUCUCUGCUCUUUUACCACUACGCAUCUUAGGAAUAUGAAAAGUCAUAUGUUGAUGAGGCAUGAAGUGAACAUGACGGUUGAUCAAUUACAGCUUUGCAUGCUUAGAGUGGAAAAAGGAAAGAAACCGUUCGAAUAGUUUUGAGUCUGUGUUCGAAGAUAAUGUUCGAAGGAACGAUGAUUACGUCCUUUCGAGCAUCCUGAAUUAGAAAGCAUUGUUACAAUAAGAUAUCAAAAAUAAAUGAUUUGAAAUUUA